AUGCAAGGGAAGAGAAUUGUGAAGCGUUCAAAGAAGAUGGAUGUUGAUGGGACGAUGGAAGUUCACUUGCAAGAAGAAAUAAUUAUGGAUAUUCUCAGCAGGCUACCGGUACUGUCUCUUCGACGAUUUAAAUGUAUUUCGAAGUAUUGGAUGACAUUGAUAUCCGAGCCUUACUUUACAUUGAAGCAUCUCAAUCAUGCGAAGAAUAACCAAAAUUCUCAAAAAAUUCUUGUUCUUCAUGGAGAGUUUCCCUUGCAUUGUUCUUCUUUAUCAUCGGCUUCUUUAUCGUCAGUUCGAUUGGCUGAGGAUGUACGAAAACUUGAUUGGCCUUCUAAUCCUAGACCAUGGAGGUUCAGAAUGUAUUGUUGUUACGAUGGCUUGGCUCUUAUCAAGUUACAAUUUUCACUGUCAAAAGAUUACUCUUGCGGACUGGGAUAUGACUCGACUAGUGACGACUAUAAGAUCCUUAAGAUUGACGACACAGCACAUUGUGAAAUUCUGACGCUGAAAAGUGGUUCCUGGAGGAAAAUUGAUAAACGUCCUGCUGGUGUUUUCCCUGUGUUGUCUGAUACCGAAGAUUCUCUGGCAUUUGUACAUGGCACGUUUCAUUGGCUUGAUUCGUCACUGGAAAAAACGUUGAUUUCAUUUAGUAUUUCAAAUGAUAUGUACGGAGAGAUACCGUUGCCUGAAGGAAUGUCCUUGGUUUUCAACAUGAAUCGUAUAAAUGGUGCUUCGGCAUUGGAAGGAAUGCUUUGUGUAUAUUCUACUCAUAUUCGUCGAGGAUCCACACAUUCAAGUUAUGGAUACUGA